AAUAUUUUCUCUCCAUUGUUAUUGCAGGGCAUUAUUGUAGGUCAGUUCAAAGAUACUAAAAAUUUUCAUUUGUGUGUAAGCAACUUUAGGCUUAGGCCUUUUUGGAGCAGUUUGAAACCAGAUAAACCUAUGUCUGCUGGGGAUGUCUGGCUGCCUUGAUAAAGAUCAUUACUCUGCUAUAUCAAAGGACAUGGCCUCAGGAGACUUGCCAGAGAGCAGUGUUCGCUCAAAGGAGAGGCGACUGAGCAAUAUUAGGCCUCCAGACAAUAGAGACUCAAUCAUAGACAAGUAUGAGGGCUGUUUGAAGAUGAAGGAGUCCGGUUUCAGGAAGUUCAGAUCAGUGGUAGAAAGAGCUUAUGAAUACUGGAAUGAGCUGGGUCUGAAAUUGGGUGACCGUGUUCUCCAAGAGAGGGCUGAUUACUACUUGCGUCUUUUUGCUGAGGACUUGGACACCAUGCUGCAGGAAGAAGCCAAAAUGGUAGAGAAGUACCAGACUGCUGUCGAGGGAGUUGCUGCCAAAAUCACUCAUUUGACUCGACUGUUGGGGAGGAAGGAUAUUGAAGAAGAAGACUUGCAAUUACCUGAAGGUUAUGGACUUAUGCAACUUCUGGAUCGAUUGAAUGAAAUCCAUCGUGAAUUAGCAAAGGAAAAGGAGGAAAAGACAGCAGACUUUAGGAAACUGCUGGAAGAGGAAGAGAUCCUUGCAAAACGUCUUGGAAUGCCCCAGGUGGAAGUUGACCAUGAGAUCCUUCCAACUCCUGAAACCCUCAAAACUGUUGCUGGGAGUAUCUCAUUGAUGAAAGCUGAGUUGAUAAAGCGAGAAAGGAAGCUGAAGCAACUGCAGGAGGAUCUUGCACGAUUGUAUGAGUCAGUGGAGCGGCAGCCCAAACCAGGCAGCAUUGGAUAUGACAUCUUGCACAAUAAGGAGUUGGUCCUUUCCUCCAAGAACCUGAAAUCAGGAGAUGAACUGAAAGAAUCCCUUGAACUUGAUGAGCAGAAGCUGAAGAAGGAGGCAGAUUUUAUUCGCAAUGAAAUACAGGUCCUGUCUGAUCGGCUUGGUUUGGGAGAGGAUGGGAAGAAAUUUCUCAUGGCUCAUGCAUCUCAUUCAUCCUGUGACAGACAUGCAUUGGAGAAUGAGAGAGCUCGCCUUGAGAUCCUGAAACAAAGCAAUAUGGAGAAGAUCAUAAACAAAGUUCGUGAGGAGAUCCGGGAAAUGUGGAAAAAUCUGUAUUAUGGUCCUCGAAUACAGGGGAAGUUUGUUGAUAUUCAUUCUGACGAUUUUUCGGAGGAUCUCCUCAAUCGUCAUGAGCUUGAGCUAGAACGACUUAAGGAAGAAUGUCAGCAGAAGGCAAGGAUCCUGGCUCUGAUACCCAAACGGAGAAAACUCUUCAAUCGUAUGCUGGAACUGGACCAGUUGGAGGGAGACCCCGAGCGAUUCAAGAAUCGCGGUGGCCAGCUUCUCAGGGAAGAACAUGAACGUAAUCGCAUAAAUAAGGAGCUGCCAAAACUGGAAAAUGAAAUUCUACAGCUAUGUGAAGAAUGGGAAGAAGCAAGUGGUCCCUUUUUAUAUGAGGAUAUUCCAUUCAAGGAACGGGUUGCUACUGAAUGGGAGGAAAGGAUCAUGUUGAAGGAAAACAGAGGAAAGAAAACUGAGCAAGUGGACCAAGCACUGCCAAAGAAGGGACAAGGAAUGGCCUCCACUCUAAGUGCUGGGAGCAAGCGUAAGGCAUGCCUCACCCCCAGGGGUGUUUCACCAUCCAAGGUGAAACGAGUCUUGCAGGCCCAAUCUGCCCAAGCUGUAAUGCUCCAUACUCCUGGCAGAUCUGAGAAGAAACAUACUCUCCCUCAAGCAAAGCUGAAAAUGACAGAAGCAGAAGAACUAGGAUCUAUUGCCACCUAUGAUCAAUUUGCGGUGCACAAGGAGACCAUUGACAAGGUGCCAAAUUCACUGCCUAAUAGGUCAGACAUAGAAAUAGAAAUAUAUGGCAUGGAAGGUAUACCUGAAGAUGAUCUCUUGGAACAUGAGCGACUCAAAACAGGGAAAACAGGCCCCCCUGAGAAUUCUCGUGAUGAGGAAGAACCACAGCCAAAGAAGGUGAAGACAAAUGUGCCUCAGAACCCUCCUUUGCCUAAUGGGAUGAUGCCAAUGGGAAUGCCUAUGAUGGGUCCUAUGGGUCCCAUGAUGGGCCCCAUGCCUCCCAUGCCAGGUGUGCCUCCUUACAUGGGACAUGGGAUGCCAGUUGGUCCCUCAAUUCCCCAAAAUACUUCAGCUGGUGUUCCAGGGACAUCUGCCCCACCAAAACCUCUCUUUCCUUCAGCAGCAGCAGCUGCUGCUGCAGUAUCAUCGGGUAUGUCUGGAAGUCCAAGUACUGCAAGUCCUGGCAAAGCAACAUUCCCAGCUUAUAGGGACAUGAAAUCGGGAGCUUCAGUCAUGGCAGGAUCACCUUCAGUAGGCAAGAUCCAGACUGCUGGGGCAUCAAUGAAGAUAAUGCAUCCAGAGGAUGAUAUAUCUCUGGAGGAGAUGCGAGCUAGGCUCCCAAAGUAUGCAGUGAAGCUGAUCCCAGCUCCUCCCCAAAUGUCCUGCGUGAUCUCAGCUCCUCCCAUGCCUCUCUCCACGGGGAUGAUGAAUCCAGUGAUGUCCAUGGCAAUGAGAACACCUAUCACCAGUCCUGUGACUAUUGCUGCCCCUCCUCUCCCUGCUGGCCUCUUCCCUAUGAGGGGACCUCCUGUUGCCAUGCAUGGAAUGCACAUGCCAGGAAUGCCAUUCCCAGCUGGUCCUGCCUUCCCUGUCAUGGGAAACAUGAUGGCCCCAAUGUUUCCAGCAAGGUUCAGAUGAGUAGUUCAACCAACUGUAGCUCUCUUGAAGAUAAGUGUCCACCUUUCCCAUCUUGUCCCUUCCUUCUCCCUCCCUUCUCCCUCCCUCAUUUUCCUCACCACAAAUUAUUGUUUGACCUCCAUGGUGAUUCUUGCAUUGCAUUGUGUAAUGGAAACCUGGGUCUGGAAAGGUGGGUGGAAUCAAACAGGUUGGGGCAAAAAUAUGCUAAUUUACCUACAGUACUCAAGUUCUCAAACCUGCAUUAAUAAUAUAAAAAAACAGCAUUCCUUUCUAUCAGGCAAGAAGUAAUCCCUACACACUUAAAGUUAGCCUGUAAGAGGAAGCAAGGAAUAGAAAAUAAUAGUUGAAUGCACUUAAUAGUCAUGCCACUGGAUUGAUAUCACAAAAUUUCCCAUGCAGUUAGCAUGUUAUUGCACCAAGCCUGUUGAUUUUGAACCUGAUAAUUUUGGUGUUGCUGCAAAGCAUCAAACCACCAUUGUAAGGUAUGCCCAUGAGUCUUUGUGCUACUCUGGCAUUCAUCCUGGACUUAUUUCUUGCAUCUCUUGGUUCCUGUGAGUGUUUUUCUGCUAUAUGCAGAGCAUUUAUCUAAAUCUCUGGUUUUUUGUAUUGUAACCAGUCCAUGCCUCUGUACAGUUGGCAGGUAAGAUAAAAAAAAAGGUUUUUCAGUGAUGUAAGGUAUUUGUAUUGUGUAGGUUAUACAGAUGUAUUGGGGAUGAUGUCAGGAGAAGUUUUAGCUAAGCAAGGGAGGGAGAGGUAAGGUUAACCUUUAUGUUUGCUUUCAUUCUCACUUCUGGAAUCUGAUGAGAAAAUGAGUCAACAGGUGAGAGCUAUUCUGUGCCCUAUUAUUCAUCUUAUGGCUUUGGUAUCAUCAUAACCCUGUGGGAUGAAGGUUUGCCCUCUAUGCACAUACUCUUAUGUCUAAUACCAAUACAAAACUUGGGGACCAUGUCAGGUGAGCCCAUGGAGGGGUUUCGCAGUUUUUGAACACUGCUGGGUACGCUCUGCAUAUCCCCAGCUUCAUGUUGCUGAAGUCUGGUGAAACGUCCUCCAUCCGUUGUGUCCACUAGCCUCAGCUUCGCAGAGGAAUUAAUGCAGAAGAGAAUUGGGGCUGACCCUGUGGUAUCUGCAUUUUUUUUCAGUCUUGAAAGGAGAUCUGCUGGAGGCCUCUGAGUAACAUUCCUCUAUAGGAGAAUGGAAGUAUAAGCCGUAUGUUCCUCUGUUUUUGUAUCUUGCUCAUGUCACAGCACCCCUCUUUUCUUUCCUGAUGUACUGGCGAAAAAAUAUUCGUAAUUCUUUCCAAUUUGUGGAGGAACUUUGUUAAUUUCAUGUAGUGGUAUGGUCAAAACUUGCAAGGAACAUAAUUAGAUUACUUCAUUGUGUCAUUCACAGUUUCAAAGUGUGAAAGGGGUUUCAAAUAAAAGGCAUAAGAGUGAGGGGUUGCUGUUGGACCAUUUUAGGUCCCCAGGAUCAUUUUGACCUCUGGUGACAUGAGUUGCAAAAUGGGAAAAGAAUAAUGCACAUCCUCUCUUGCAACUCUUUGCUUUUCAUCUCUGUCUAUGCUCAGUAUGAUCCUCUUUUUUUUUAUCAGCAGCUUCUUUUGAAAAUAGGGUGGACUGAUAUCUGUUUCUGGAUUUUUGUCCAUCAAUCCCAGGGUUUCUCACCUAAGAGUCUUUGAUUCCCUUUUGUAAAGGUAUUUGCAUAAUGUUAUGACUUGCCAGGAAUGGCAUUGUGUGUUAUCUUUCAUUCCCCUUAGGUUGGCCUGUUACAUUUUUCCCUUUUCAUGUCUGAAAAGACCCUUCUGAACAAUAAAGCAAGUACUUAAAGAUGUGUGAUGUUUACCUUUCUGAACUCGGAAAAAAUUAUCUCCAGUAACAUGUUGAGUGGAGGAUAUGGCUUCCUUGUUUUUGAAUGGUAACCAAGAGAUGGAAUAUGUCCAUGGAGGAGGCCAAAAGAAAGAUGGAGCGAUGAAAUUAAUUUCAAGGAAUCAUGAUUGGAGUUGCUCUGAUAGGUUGAAUUGACAAUUAUGUGGGGUAUUUUUUUCCAGCAAUAAACAAAGGAC